UGCUGCUGCCCGUGCGUCAGAUGGUGGCAACUGAGUCUCCUUACACCUUACUCUCUGUCGAACUGGCUUCAGACCGACUCGACCCAGCGAAGCGGCUACAGGCUCUCCUCCUGCAGCGCCGCUCCACCCGCGUGUCUCAUCCGCACGGUCCACGCGUUGACUGCGAAACUUUUGGCGUUCUUUUUACGCACGGGAUCCCGGUUUGGACAAGCGGCUCACAGCACCGCUGCGCCUUCCUCACCACACGCGCGAUUUUCCGCACAAAACUUCCCAGAGGUACCAUGCAAGCUUAUGUGGCUGUGAUUUUCGCGUAUGGAGUGUCGGCACUCAAUAUCACAGAGGAGAAGGCAUCGUGCCCCCUUGGAUUGUUCCCCUGUGGCAACCUGACCGUGUGCCUGCCUCAGCUCUUGCACUGCAACGGCAUCGAUGACUGUGGAAAUCAAGCGGAUGAGGAGAACUGUGGAGAUAAUAAUGGAUGGCCCCAUCUUUUCGACAAGUAUUUUGGAAUGCCAAGCUAUAACACUGGGACCAAGUCCAAUGUGUGCUUGCUGGGUGUCGUUCCUGAGCUCUGCCAGUGCAGAGACCUGGAGCUGGACUGUGACGGCGCACAGCUUCAAGAUAUCCCUGUGGUGGCGAUGAAUGUCACCAUGAUGUCCCUACAAAUGAACCAGCUUCAGAUACUGAGGGCAAACACAUUCUUUAAGUACCAGAACCUACAGAAACUAUAUCUCCAGCACAACAGGAUCCGAGAUGUGAGUCCUGACGCAUUCAGAGGGCUGUAUAAUUUAACAAGGCUAUAUCUGAGCUACAACAAGAUAUCUGUCCUGAUGCCGGGGGUGUUCCGGGACCUGCAUAAGCUGGAGUGGUUGAUCCUGGAAAAUAACAACAUCCAUCAAAUAUCCUCCAUGACCUUUUCUGGACUAAACUCCCUUGUUUUACUGGUUUUGUUGAACAACUCUUUGACAAAGCUGGAUGACAUCUGUCGAGAAAUGCCAAGAUUGAACUGGCUGGAUUUGGAGGGAAAUCUCAUUGAAACUAUUGGGAAUGUCUCAUUACACUCAUGCAGUAUGCUGACAGUUCUGGUUUUGCAGCGGAACGAGAUCAGCAAUAUACACGAACAGGCUUUCUCAGUCCUCCAAAAGCUUGGAGAAUUGGAUCUAUCCAACAACAGACUGGUGGCGAUCCCUCCCAAUCUCUUUGUCUUACUGGGGGAUUUGCUCCAACUGAAUAUAUCAUACAAUCCCAUUGUGGAGCUCCAAGUUGACCACUUUGACAAGUUGCAUAAACUGAAGUCAUUGAGCAUUGAAGGAAUUGAAAUUGAAAACAUACAACGGAGGAUGUUUGAACCUCUCAAAUAUUUGACUCACAUCUACUUCAAGAAAUUCCAAUACUGCGGCUAUGCUCCUCAUGUGCGCAGCUGCAAACCCAACACAGACGGCAUCUCGUCCUUCGAGGACCUGUUGGCCAACAUCGUGCUGAGGGUCUUCGUCUGGGUGGUCUCUGCCACCACCUGCUUCGGCAACAUCUUCGUCAUCUGCAUGCGCUCCUACAUCCGAUCGGAGAACAAACUCCAUGCCAUGUGCAUCAUCUCCCUCUGCUGUGCAGACGGGCUGAUGGGAAUUUACCUUUUUAUGAUCGGUGCGUAUGAUCUGAAGUUCCGUGGCGAGUACAACCGGCACGCCCAGGCCUGGAUGGACAGCAGUCAGUGUCAGGUCAUCGGCUCUUUGGCCAUGUUGUCCACUGAGGUAUCAGUCCUUCUCCUCACGUACCUCACUCUGGAGAAAUACAUCUGCAUCGUCUACCCUUUCCAGUACUUGACUCCUGGCUGGCGACGAACUGUCACCAUCCUUCUCGGGAUAUGGGUGUUUGGCUUUAUUGUUGCCUUCCUGCCCCUGGCCUGCAAGGGGCUGUUUCGCAACUUCUACGGGACCAAUGGAGUUUGCUUCCCACUGCACUCUGAGCAGCCAGAGACACUUUGGGCUCAUGUUUACUCCAUUGUCAUCUUCCUGGGUCUGAACUUGGUGGCAUUCCUCAUCAUUGUCCUAUCCUAUGCAAGCAUGUUCUAUAACAUCCAGAGAACAGGGACUCAGACCACUAAAUACAGCAACCACAUCAAGAAAGAGGUGACCAUCGCCAAAAGGUUCUUCUCUAUCGUCAUUACUGACUCCCUUUGCUGGAUCCCCAUUUUCAUCCUCAAGAUCCUGUCACUGCUGCAGGUGGAGAUUCCCGGUACUAUCAGCUCCUGGGUGGUCAUAUUUAUUCUCCCCAUUAACAGCGCCCUUAACCCCAUCCUUUACACGCUGACCACACGGCCCUUCAAAGAGACCAUUCUGCAGGUAUGGGCUAACUACAGGCAGAAGAGGCCUCUGCUCAGUGGUCACCCAGCUCAUCAUCCGUCGCUCACCUGGCAGGAAAUGUGGCCCCUGCAGGAGAACAGCCACGGCUUCACCACGGGGCACCCGCUGGAGACAACAGGCACGCUAGCCAAGCUCACCCCGGUGGAAAACCCUACCGAGGGAUACAAUGACAUUACCACGUGCACACAGCAACAGAAGCAACAUACAGUGCUGUCAGUAUGCUCACAGAAACAAACAGCGCCACACACACUCGCACACACCCACAUAUACACACAAACAAAUGAACUCAUCUAGGUGUCGAACAGCCGCUACACAGAUUUGUUCAUAAUGACAUCAAAGAGUCACCCUUAACAGAUGAUUCAGGUACAUUCAUCUCGGCAAAGUGUUUGACCUUUUACUAAUACCGUUUUUAAAGGGACAGUCCUUGAUUUGUGCCCAGAUUUGUCCUAAAAAUAAUUCAUCUUCAUUAGAGUUAGUGGAAUCCCACUGUGUGCAUGUCUUGACCAAGCAGCAGCCAUCACAGCAAUGGGUGAAGUCAAGUGAAGUGUGGAAAUCCCUUAUGUGGCAGUACAGUUACUCUUAUGAACACUACACUCCGAAAAUAUAUCAGUACAGAGCAUAAGUCAUGCCCAGCUAAUGGUUUAGCUUUUAUUCCACUAGGUCUCCGUUUAAUUUCUCGCAAAGGGCUUCUUUCAUUAUUCUUUCUGAAAGCUGAAACAUUAUAUAUUAUCCAUAGUCCAUACUCUUAGCUGAAUAUUCAUCUACUAGUAUACUGGCGAGUAAAAUGUUGACAACUUAUCAUUUUUAACAGUGAUAACGUAAACGUAUUUUGUUCAAAUCCAAUAACCACAGGUCCUGUUAACCAUGUGACUCAAAACAAAAUAGUUAAUGUAGAAGGUUGUUCUUGCAAAAUCCCAAAAGCUUUUUCUGGACCUUUCAAACAUAUCUUGCUGUCUUCAGUCUAAAAUGUUAAAAUUGUACUAGCCUUGCAGUUGUAGAUUUACUUUAUUUUUAUAAUAUGGACAAAGAAAACCCAUAUCGUCUAAUCAUAAUAUUUGCAGCUGUAAAUCUGCAAGAAACUUGCAUUUGUCUUUUAAGUUUAUUAUAGAUGCUGAUUUCUCUCUCCUGGCCCUGAGUAAUGAUGUCUUAUGGGAACAUUCUGUGACAGGAAAAACUGUAAUCUGGUGAUAAUUACAAUCAGUCACUGGGCAGUUCAGAUGAAGAGAUUUGUGUGAAUCAACCCUUAUAAAGCCUUUUUGAUUGGGCCCAUAAAAAUACAUUGCAUGCUGUACUUACUAGUUUCAUCUUGUAUCGAUAAUAAUACAUGCAACUUGCAGCAAAGAACUUUUUAAAGCCCUUCUUCUUGCAUCCAUCAAAAGUGUUUUUUGUGUUGCCACUGCCACCAAAAAUUAUUUUAGGGAAAUAUUGAAUGUAAUGUUUGAGAUAUGUCCAGUAUGUUUAUGAAAGAAUGUACUUAAUUUGGGCAGGCAGCAAUUUUAAAUAGUCUUUUAUACAUCCUGUCUAGAAAUACCCCAGCUGGUCUGGGGGGUUGAACUUGGACUCAACCUCGCCGCACAAACCACACCACACUACACAUUUUUUUACACUGUGAUCUGUACAGUGAAGACAUUUGUACAGUGAUCAUAAAAUAUUCUGUGCAUGUGUGGAAAUUGACUUUUCCAGACAUUGUAAAUGUAUGAAUGUAUAGCAGACAUGCUAUAACACAGAUGGCGAUGACCUUGUUAUUAAAACAAUGAUUUGUGAAUAUGUUGUAUGUGCCAUUUGUGUUUACAUUACAUUCCUAUACUGAAAAGACAGAGAACUGAGGAGUUUGCUCAUAAUAUCUGCAGGCUUACAUUGAAUAUUGAUGGAAAAAUGUUUUGAAUGUGUUACCAUUUAAUUUGUUGUAUUGACUUGUGUCCCACAAUAAAUUACUUACAAGGGA